CGCCAUUUAAAAAUAAACGCCAUUAAUACUUCACGCGUCGGUUUGUUGGUGUCGUAUUUUCGUAUUUUGAGUUAUUAAACGGGCGCUAUUAAUUAGUAUUGAGUUAUAGUAUUCUGUAAAUGCAAUUUGGUGGUAUUGUGAUAUUUCCGGCAUAUAGUGCAGAACUGGUUUAAAUCACCUUAAAACUAAUUGCUCACUCUGUACCGAAAACCGGCAUAGAUUUUUUUUUGCAAAAAUCAAAGCUGACUGUGACCUAGCCGACAGCACCAAUACACGUCGCAUUUUAUAUCUUCCCAGAAAAGGCUAAUAUUCAACACAACAUACCAUGAAAUCCAAGAAGAACGAUACUGAUGCCUCAGGCAGUGGCUCAUCGGACGAAGAGGCCGAGUAUGUUGUGGAAAAAAUAUGUUCUAGACGUGUCCGCAAAGGAAAGAUUGAAUACUUCCUCAAAUGGAAAGGCUAUUCUGAAUCGGAAAACACUUGGGAGCCAGAAGAGAAUCUUGACUGUCAGGAUUUAAUCCAAGCUUUUGAGGAGCAAAGAGCAAAAGAUGAGGCUGCCGCUUCAAGUUCCAAGUCCAGUGAUAAAUCCAAGAAAGAUAAUUCAAGCGGACGUUCAAGUUCUGUUGGUAAUAAACGCAAAAAUGAAGACUCAAAAUCAUCAGGGAGCAAAAAGAAACGUACAGACUCCACCAAAGAUGAAACAGAUAAUGAAUCCGUCUCCGAUAUUUCAGCAAGACAUUCAGAAUUGACUGGUUUCGACAAAGGCUUGGAAGCCGAAAAGAUUCUAGGAGCUUCAGAUUCAAACGGCGGCCUGUAUUUCCUCAUACAAUUUAAGGGAGUUGACCAGGCCGAAAUGGUGGCCGCUUCUGUGGCCAAUAUAAAAAUUCCACAGAUGGUCAUCAAAUUCUAUGAAGAACGCUUAUCAUGGUACUCGGAUAAUGAAGAGUGAAUAUUUAGCUAUACUCGACACACAGCGUGUUGAUUAAUUUCUACAAUACUACGUUUCUAGUUUACGUUGUUCUUUCGUAAUCAUUUGCUAUACUCAAUUACAAAUAAGAAGAGAAUCGCAAAGUUUUAAAAUUUAUUCAUUAGUGUUUAGUUUGGACGUUACAGAAAAUAAUUUCAUUUUCUCUUCUCUCAUAGUAGCAGAGUUAAAUGAACCAUUGAUGUCAAAUAUUUUUUUUUGUUUCUCUCGCAACAUUUGAAUUAUAAGAAUCAAUAAAAAAGAAACAGUACACUACGAAGGUGCACUUCAAAUUGAAAAAAGCUAGAUGUUAAAUUAUUACUAGCCAUGCUUCAAAGGAUCGAUCGUAUGAUAGCAUCUUAUAUUUUUAAUUCUCCAUUUGCUACACUUUUUUUUUGUCCUUUUUAAAGUUGUUUGUUUUUUAAUACAAGAAAUUUGAAUUCGAACAAUGACCGUAAGUCUGUGAGUCCCUAAUUAAAUUGUUUUUUAUUUGGAAGAAAUUUUUGGAAUAUAAUCUUUCUAAACGCGCCCAUUAUGCACUUAAUGUCGGAAACUAAAAAUAAAAUAUAUAAAACUAAAUGUUUAUCGAAUUUCCUUUAAAACUUAAUAAGACCAGACCGCUGUGACAUGAAUUGUGGUUCUGAAAUAAAUAAAAUAGAUGUAAAAGUAAUUAAAUACAAUAA